AAAAAAAAAAAAAAAAAAAAAAAAAAAAUUCUCGGGUUCAGCCAUGAAUGGGAAUUCUCCUUUUGGGGGGAGGAGCUAACAAUAUGGUCGCGUUGUUGUGAAGGUGGCCACAUCAAUGCGUCUACCCUUGAUGCUAUCCUGGUCUUGUUGUCUCUUGGGGUCAUAAGAAAUGGUCGUUCUCGAAAUCAUGCUUGGGUUAUAGCUUUUUUUUUCUUGUGUCCAGGCGCUUUGGAUUACUCGGUCCCCUUCCUCCUCCCCCCUCCAAUUUUUUCUUUCCGGGGACCAUUAAUAGAGGAGAUUACUUGAUCCUUGUCUGUAGCAUUUGCCUACAGAGGUAGAUCUGCAUCUAUGUGGACCAGGUUUACUCUUUUUCUUUUCGAAUCAUAAUAACUUGCUUUCAUGUUGGGAAAGGAAAGUUGUUUUUUUUUUGGGUGGGUGGUUGGCAAAUCUUGGAGCAAGACUGAUAGAUUGGCUUCUGAUAAAAGGCGCUUGCUUGUCCUUGGGUUAAACAAGACGAUAGGAUACCUAUUUUUUCUUUUUUGUUCUCUCUUUCCCUUCUUGUUUGGAUCUGGGCCAUUUGCUCUACAAAAUUUGUCUCUCUUUUUUUUUGUAGGGCAAAUUCUCUUUUUGAUAAAAGGCAAGAGAGGAAAAGAAAGGAAAGCCUCUCUUAAGCUCAUGGCCCUCGUUUCGUUCAAGAGAGGAGGGAAGCUUCCUAUUCCGGGCUCCAUGGGCCGAAUUAACGGGUUGCAUUUUCUAUUGGCUUCUGGAAUAUUACCAGAAGAUGGUAAAGGGGGGGAAUAUAAAACAUCGGCCCCCCCUCCUGUUAAAUUAUAAAAUUUAGAUAUAAAAAUAUAGACGUAUAAAAAAAAUAUAGAAAUGUUAAAAAAAA